UGGCUGGCUGUUUAUUUUAGGAAACCAGUUUGCACACGCCCUUAUAGGCAGAGUCAGGCUCUCCACUCACAUUCUUCAAAAGAAGGGGAGGCAAGAUGAAGGGCUCUUUGUCGCUGUGUGUUGCCUUGGCCAUCUCCUUGGGGAUCAUCCUUGUGGCAGGUUAUCCAGUGACCCCCUACAAUGAGGAGUAUGUGCUGGUCAAUAAUAAGUGUCAGUGUGUAACAGUGACCUCAAAGUUUGUACCCUCCAAAGAAAAUCCUGAGGAAGAAGUCCUGGAAAGAAACAUCCGCGUCAUAGUCCCCCUGAAGGCUCGGGAGAACAUCUCCGACCCCUUGUCCCCACUCAGGACCACUUUUGUCUACCGCUUGAGUGAACUCUGCAAAAAUUGUGAACCCAUAGAAAUUGAGCUGGGUGGGGAGAUCCACCAGGCCCAGCAGGGCAACUCCUGCGAGGAACCACAGACCUGCUACACCUAUGACAGAAAUGAGUGCUACACCUCCCCUGUGCCACUCCUGUACCACGGGGAGGUGAGGCAGGUUCCAGCAGCUUUGACACCGGCCUCCUGCUUCGCUGAGUAGCUCGGCUCUCUGCUGUGCCGGAGCCUUGGAGCACCCCUGUUCCUAUCCAAAAUGUAUGUAGAGCACCACAGGACCCGGAUGACAGCACCUCCAAAUGCUGGCUCCUGCAGUAACCCAACUUGUCUCUUCCCAUCUCCAACCUCAGACUCAUGCCACCUCCCAAGAGCAGCUCCAAUCUCCCUUCUCAUGUCCCUGGCACGGACCUGCAAUGCCAUGUUGUGUCUCAGGCCAUAUAGAGCAGAUCCCCAGCAGAUACAAAGCAGUCAUUCCCCUGAAAUCAAGGGAAGGACACUGAUUUACAGCUCUGGGGAAGCAGUCUCCUGCGUGUCUCCCCCCAGCAAGGCUGCCACAGACAUCAGCAGGAGGGUCUGUGCCCUUCCCUCCCUGAGCAAUCUAAAGUGACCUCUUCAUACAAGGUGUUUGUUUACAUCAGCAGCAUUUAUGCCCUUAGAAGAGAGUUGUAAAGCCAUAGUUGAGAGAAAAGAUGAGGGACCCUUCUAGUGCCUGGACAUCUGCAUGCUUCCAGUUCUCCCAGAUUCAGAGAAGAUCAAAAGAUGCCGCUCCCCUGAAGUGUUUUGAAAAGUUGCCAAACACUCAGCUGUGCCAGGAAUACUCAACUCUUCUGGGAGAUGUUGGGCAUUUCACUUUCCCCACAGCUUUACUGAUACUGCUGCCUUGUUCUACUCCUGCUCCUGGUUUUAGUGGUAAAAAAAAAAAAAACCCAAACGAAAAAAAACCCACCCCAAGUUGGCUCAAAUUUCUUUACUUGUUCCUCAUCUCACAUUUAAAACCUCAAAGAAUUCUAUGAACUCAACAUAAAUUGCUAGAGCAGGACCCUAGUUCAGGGUUCCGAAUUGGAGUAAUGAAACAGCAAAGACGUUUGUAGUUUCCCAUGUUUGUAGUUUUGUUAAUGAAACAUUCAAUAAACUUUUUUCUGCAUCA